AUCUCAGAUGCCGUCUAUAGGAUGGUCUAUGAGCAGACCAAGGUCCAGUACGAUGCAGCGAUGGCCAAGUGUGAACAGGAGCGGCCCCAGAUGGAGAGCACCAUCCGCACGGACAUGGACCAGAUCAUCACUUCGAAGGAGCACUUGGCCAGCAAGAUCCGAGCGUUCGUCCUCCCCAAAGCAGAGGUCUGCGUCCGUAAUCAUGUCCAGCCCUACAUCUCCUCCAUCCUGGAGGCCCUGAUGACCCCCACAAGCCAGGGCUUUGCUGAGGUGCGGGAGGUGUUUUUCAAGGAGGUGACGGACAUGAACAUGAACAUCGUCAACGAGGGUGGCCUGGAGAAGCUGGUGGAGUACAUGGAGAAGCUUUCCCACCUGGCCUUCCACCCCGUCAAGAUGCAGUCGUGCUAUGAGAAGAUGGACCAGCUGAAACUGGAAGGCCUUCAGCAGCGAUUCGAUGUCUCCAGCACGUCCGUCUUCAAGCAGAGGGCCCAGAUCCACAUGAGACAGCAAAUGGACGACGCGGUGUACACGUUCGAGACGCUGCUCCAUCAGGAGCUGGGGAAGCUGCAGGGCAAAGACGACUUGUGCAAGUCCAUCCAGCGCAUCCUCGAGAGGGUACUCAAGAAAUACGACUACGACAGCAGCACCGUGCGGAAGAAGUUCUUCAGGGAGGCCCUGCUGCAGAUCACCAUCCCCUUUCUGCUGAAAAAGCUGGCGCCCACCUGCAAAGGGGAGUUGGCCAAGUUUCAGGAGCUGAUCUUUGAGGACUUUGCCAGCUUCAUCCUGGUGGAGAACACUUACGAGGAGGUCGUGCUACAAUCGGUGAUGAAAGACAUCAUGCAAGCAUCACCCGCCCCCGGAGCCGAGAUCCCAUCACCGUCUGCCGAGAUGGCUUGCCACCAGCCCAGUGACAAGGAGACGGGCGAGGAGGUGGCCCCCCCAGGCGGCGAGUGCAGCCCCCCACAGCCCAUGGGCACGACGGAGAGCG